UAUACGAAUUCCGGGAAAACCAGCUUAGUGAAAUGUCUCACUGGAGCUGCGAGCUUGGAUCCUAAAGAUCGCCUCUUCGCCACCCUGGACACUACACGACACAGCGCCAGGGGAAUUCCCGAACUUUCCUCAGAUAACGUCUUCAACCACAAGUUCAGGCUCCCAUCGGGUCGCAAGGUAGUGUUCACGGACACCAUUGGAUUCUUGAGUGAUCUUCCCAUGCACCUUUUGGCUGCCUUCCAAGCAACGCUUUCCCAUGUAACCUUGGCAGAUGUCAUCAUUCAUAUUCGCGACCUUUCGAAUCCAGACUGGCCAGCACAGAGCGAAGACGUGGAGAAGACUCUGGAGCAGAUUGGAUUGCCUCCAGAUCGACUGAAUGAUAUUGAUGUGGAAGGGACACCCUCGACGUCUUCAUCAGGAGCCGUGAGAAUAUCGUGCAAAACGUCCGAAGGCAUAGAGGGUCUCAUAGAGAAAGUAGAUAAAAUGGUACUACAGACAACCGGUUGUGAUAGCUUCGUAGAUUUCGCUAAGGUUCGUGUCGCAGCUUCAUUUCUUACUGUACAGCCUGCUUUGUCACUUGAAAUAAAGUGCAACAUGGUAGGAGUUACCGAUUUCACGCCCAGUGAUCCUGAAAAUCAUCGGUGGUUUCUGAAGUUUCGAUGCAUGAACUGCGGCGAAUCUCGCGAUUACUGGCAGUAUGUCGUUAUCAAUGAAGUGUUGGAAGUUCCCGGCAGUCGUGGAGAGGCGAAUCUUGUUGAGAAGUGUAAGCUGUGUAACCGGGUGAACACAGUUGCCAUCAUCCAAGAUUCCAUUGGAAAAUAUGACGCUGCUGAGCAUAAUGAGGAGUGGCAGUCUAUGAUUCAGCUAGAUUGUCGUGGUCUGGAACCCAUCGAUUUCGAUCCGAGGAUGGGAUGGACCGCCGUUGGCACGGAAUCUGGGACAGUGUUUGACGACAUCGAUCUCUCUGAGAAGGCAUGGGCCGACUACGAUGAAAAAGUCGGUGAGGCGACGGAGAUCGGUGACUUUGAAGUACGAUUCGUUCACGCUAAGCAGAAGUAA